GUGGCAGCGUCCCUUGAGCCCAGACCACACAGCUGUGCCCAGCCCUGCCCGGCUUCUCCUGGGCCUGUGGGACCCCUGGGGCCCCUCGUUGCUCCCCGAGACCCGGACAGCCGGCGCCUCUCGUCACAAUGAACAUUGUUCUCUCCAGGGACAGCCAGGUGCGGGGCAUGGAGAACACGGUGAGCAACGCCGAGAAGUACUUCGGCCAGUUCUGCUCGCUGCUGGCCGCCUACACCCGCAAGACGGCCCGGCUGCGGGACAAGGCCGACCAGCUGGUCAGACAGCUUGUCGACUUCGCCAACACUGAGACCCCCGAGCUGCGGGCCGCCGUGAGGAGCUUCGCUGAGGACCUGGCCAAAGUGCAGGAUUACCGACAGGCCGAGGUCGAGAGGCUGGAGACCAAGGUCGUCACCCCCCUGAAGCUCUAUGGGGCACAGAUAAAGCAGACCCGGGCCGAGAUCAAGAAAUUCAAACGCGUCCGGAAUAACGAGAUCAAACAACUGGAAAAGCUGGAGAAACUGAGGCAGAAGUCGCCCUCGGACAGGCAAAUGAUCUCCCAGGCAGAGACCAGGGUGCAGAGGGCCUCGGUGGACGCCAGCCGCACCACCCAGCAGCUAGAGGAAACGAUCGACACCUUCCAGAAGCAGAAGCUGAAGGACCUACAGAAAAUUUUCUCAGACUUCAUAACCAUCGAGAUGGUCUUCCACGCCAAAGCGGUGGAGGUGUAUUCCAGCGCCUUCCAGGCCCUGGAGAACUACGACCUGGAGAGAGACCUGGAGGAUUUUAGAGCCAAGAUGCGUGGAGUCUACGGGCUGUACGACCCUCGGCCGCUCACGGACACCGCGCCCUCCCUAGCCAGCCUGGGGUCUCUCGCCGGCCAGAGUGCUGAGAGCCCCAUACGGAACCAGAGAAAAGAAGAGGAGGCGAGUGAGGAUGACUCUACUGACGAGGACCCCGUGGAGGACCUCAGGGGACAGAGGCAGGGACUCCACCAAUAGGACGAGAACCCCCCAGUUGGAAAAAUGGGGCUGGAUGCUGGGGGCGGGGGGCGGCUCCGCUGUGUGCCCUUGGGAGAGGCACGUGCCCUGUGAGCCUCAGUCUCCUCAUCCGGACGACCGGGACAACACCGCUGGCCGCCCAGGUGGCUCUGGGGGUCAGCGUGCCCAGCACGGUACCUGGGGCUCAAUAAACACAGGCGUGUCUUAACGGCAGCCAUGCUG